AUGGAACCCGGUAGAGGCGACUCCACACACAACCUGCCGCACAGUGAGUUUAGCGGCCGGUGCAGACAAAAUGGUGGCCGCACGGGUGUCCUGUUCGCGUGGACGUUCGGUUGGUUGGUGGUGAUUGGGUGGCUAGCUGGUGGUGGACCAGCGGUUCACGCCCAACGGCCCCUCGGGAAUUCGAGCUUUGGUGCGUCGCACAACUCCUCGGGGGUUAUAAACGUACAUCCGGCGUUAACGACCAGCACCACCUCAACGGAGGCACCACGCUCGGUUCUGCCGGCGUCCGUGUCCGGGUUCGAGGACUCGUUCGAGGACGAUAGUGCUGAUAUGGAGGAGCAUGAUGAGCACGACGAACACGGCGAGCACGAUGAACAUGGGGAGCAUCCGCGGCAUGAGCAUGGUGGACAUGGUGGGUUUGCGCCUCCACCACAUGAAGCCAAUGCCGGUGCGAGUCGGAACGGUGGAAACGAUGGUGCCCCGAUCGGAUCCCGGCAACCGAACAUCCGGCUGAUCAAUCCGUACUUUCCGACGCCCGCAACGGCACAGGGUGGUUCGAAGACGACGGAGCCACAGAACGGGCGACGGAAUUACCCAGCUAGGCCAGGUCGACGUAAGAACUCGCCUAUCAACGAGUUGUGGAAGAUGCAAAAUAACAUGAAUGGGAUCGAAAAGCCCGGGGAACCGAUUUCGUACGGUUCGAAGACGCACCGGCGGGGUCAGACGGUGCAUCAUGCCGGGGCGGGUGGUGCGUACGGGCAGGAGACGGAGAGUGGGGCUAGGGGUGGAGUUGAUCCGACCGAGGGGACGGUUCCGCAGCCUGGACGUGGUACGAGCAUCGAUCGAGGUAGCAGAGGACGGUCCGAUCCGGGCCGUGGAGUUGGCGUCAUUAUGCAGUCACCUGGGUAUUACCCGGUUGGAUCUUCCUAUAGUCGGCAGGGUGACGACCCGUUAAGGACGUUGCGAGCGCGUUACAAUGAGGAGCGAUACCACAACUCCGUCCCGGACCAGGGCUCGGAGAUGGACGAGAUCUUGGGCAUGAAGUGUAACUUCGAGUCGGAGUGCGCCUGGACGUGGAACGAGAGUGACCCGCACGGGUUUCAGGUGGUGACGGGCAUGAACCUGACAGAAUCCAACCGGACGGGGUUAAUGCCGGGCCCGGGUGCUGAUCCGGUUCACAACGCGAACGGACACUUUCUGCAUUUACGCCUCACGCAGGACAGCCCACCGCAGUUCCUGUCUUCGCCCGUGUUCGGUGCGACGAAGGAGAACUGCUAUCUGGAGGUGUUCCUGCAUCAGAGCGCGAUGCACCUUGGCAGCAUCCGGAUCGUGAUCGAGACGGUUGGCAGCCAGCAAUCGAGCUGGGUACCGGCGGAGAUGAUGGGUAACGAUCUGCGCCGUUGGCAACUCAACACGUUCCGGAUCGAUCGCGUGUCAAACGAGUUCAAGGUGCUGUUCGAGGUGGUACCGAACAAGCUCGGUGGGCAGGCGCGUGGUCACGUCAGCCUGGACAAUCUGCGCAUGGUGAACUGCUUCCCGGACUCGAUCAGCACGCACAACUGCAGCUCGCUACAGGUCCAAUGCACGGCCAGCAAGGUGCCGGUGUGCAUUAAAACGCCCAAGAUCUGUGACAUCACUGUGGACUGCGACGAGAGUGAGGAUGAGACACUAAAUUGCGACAAGAUCCCGUUCGGUGGACGUUGUGACUUCGAGUCCGGUUGGUGUGGAUGGCAGAACUACGGCAACGUGAUCCUGUCGUGGGCACGUCACUCUGGUCCAACACCGACGGAAAAGACGGGUCCUGAUAUGGAUCACACGCACGAAAACUCGAACGUGACCGGGUACUACAUGCUAGUCAACAUGAACCAGCACGCGAAUGACAGCGAGAAGCGGACGCUCGUUGGAUUGGCCAGCAACGCGAUCAUGAACAGUGUCGUCUUCAAUCCACCACCGCUUGUGCACACGAACGCAAGCUCGCCGUACCGGAACUCCUGUGUGGUACGCUUCUACGUGCACCAGUACGGUAUGAACCCGGGCAGCAUCAACCUCUCGAGUGUGGAGAUCCGUGAGAAGGAAAACUUCACCACGACGCUCUGGUGGAGCUCGAAGAACCUCGGCGAGGACUGGGUGCGGGUUGACAUCAUCCUGCCGAACAUCACGACCAAGUACUACCUGCAGUUUGAGGCGCGCAUGGGCAUGCGCAUCUUCUCGGACGUCGCAAUCGAUGAUUUCUCGCUCAGCCCGGAGUGUUUCGGGUUGAACAUACCGGCGGAGCAUCUGCAGGGUUACAACUACUGGGAUCCGCGGAUAGGCGGUGCCAAGCAACCGCACAAGGACUUUGUCGGGAAGUCAUUCCUGGAACUGAGCACCUGCGGAGCGAAGGGUCAGCAAGGACCAACCCCAGCCGACUGUCUGUCGUCGUACAACAACACCGAGGCGUUUAGUGCGGUGCACGUCAUCGAUAGCCAUCCGUUCAAGGGCAUUCAGACGUGGAAGGUCCCCAACGAGGGCUACUACACGAUAAUCGCCAAGGGUGCCGGUGGUGGGCUCGGUUCCGGUGGUGUUGGUUCCUCCCGCGGUGCGAUGGUACUGAGCGUGCUUGAGCUGCACAAGGACGAGGAGAUCUACAUCCUAGUCGGGCAGAGUGGAGAGCACGCGUGCAUCAAAUCGAUGGGAUAUCGGGAUGAGUCGUGCGAGAUGCGCAAUAAGCAGCUCAACAUGGACACCUGGAUCCACUCGAAAACGCAACAGGUGAAGAACACGAUCAUCGAGGAGGGAGCUGGUGGUGGAGGCGGUGGCACCUACGUGUUUCUGCUGAAUUCCGCAAACACCGCGGUUCCCCUGCUAGUAGCAGGUGGUGGUGGAGGACUCGGUGUUGGGAGGUACCUUGACGAUGACAUCCAGCACGGUAAAAAGUACCUAUCGUACAAACGGGACACGUCCGGAUCGGCCCACGGUGAGUCAACGAGACAAGCCGGUCCAGGAGGUGGUUGGCGUGCUCAACCCGAGUUGGCGUUGGAUUCUCACAACGGUGCGUCCCUGCUGGAGGGUGGACGUGGAGGACUUCCCUGUUAUACACCGCGUGGUACCCACGGACAGGGUGGUUUCGGUGGUGGAGGUGGAGGAUGCGAUACAGGUGGUGGAGGCGGUGGAUACUCCGGAGGUGACACGAUGAUUAACUCCACCAAUGGUGAAGGUGGAUCAUCUUUCAUGGCCUCGAAGCGGAACGUUCCGGAGCUUUCGAUGGAGUUCGCCGGUGGAAGUAGUGGCCACGGUGUUGUACUCAUCAUCCCGGCGAUCCAGGGUUGUGGAUGUGACUACCGGUGUGUGGCUCUGGAUGAGUAUCGGUCUACGGUUGGGUGCAUCUGCCCGGACGGGUGGACGUUGAAGCCGGACAACUACACGGCGUGCGAGUUGCCCACGGAAACCGUGGAGAUGAAGUACCUAAUCAUGUUCUUUGUCGUCGUCGUGCUCGUGCUUUGUGCGGCACUCGCCAGCCUGAUACUGAUACUCUAUAACCGGUACCAGCGCAAGCGACAGGCAGCCCUACGCCACAAGAUGCUGCUGGAGCAGGAUCUGCAGCUGAGCCGGCUGCGCAGCACGGCCGAUGACUCGGCACUGACCAACUUCAAUCCGAACUAUGGUUGUGACGGCAUACUGAACGGGAACGUGGACGUCAAGAAUCUGCCGCAGGUCGCCCGAGAGAGCUUGCGGUUGGUGAAGGCUCUCGGACAGGGUGCUUUUGGUGAGGUAUACCAGGGUCUGUACCGCCACCGUGAUGGUGAUGCGGUCGAGAUGCCAGUGGCGGUGAAAACUCUCCCGGAGAUGUCCACCGGCCAAGCGGAGUCUGACUUCCUGAUGGAGGCGGCCAUCAUGGCAAAGUUCAAGCACGCCAACAUUGUCCACCUGAUAGGCGUUUGUUUCGAUCGACAUCCACGGUUCAUCGUGCUCGAGCUUUUGGCCGGUGGUGAUCUGAAAAACUUCCUCCGUGAAGGUCGCAACAAACCGGAACGUCCUUCCCCACUGACGAUGAAGGAUCUGAUCUUCUGCGCGCUUGACGUCGCCAAAGGCUGCCGGUAUAUGGAGAGCAAGCGGUUCAUCCACCGAGACAUCGCCGCUCGGAACUGCCUGCUCAGUAGUAAAGGCCCAGGCCGCACGGUGAAGAUCGCCGACUUCGGUAUGGCACGUGACAUCUACAGGUCUGAUUACUACCGCAAGGGUGGUAAAGCGAUGCUCCCGAUCAAGUGGAUGCCUCCGGAAGCGUUCCUCGAUGGCAUAUUCACCUCCAAGACAGACGUCUGGUCAUUCGGAGUACUACUCUGGGAGGUAUUUAGUCUCGGGCUGAUGCCAUACACCGGUUUACCCAACCGAGACGUGAUGCAGUUGGUGACGGGUGGAGGUCGACUUGACGCCCCCCAGGGAUGUCCAAUGGCAGUGUACCGCAUCAUGGCGGACUGCUGGAACCCGACACCCGAGGAGCGACCCUCCUUCUCGAACCUGCUCGAGCGGCUCACAACCUGCACGCAGGAUCCGGAAGUGAUGGACGCACCACUUCCGAGCUUCUUCCGGCCACCAUCGAACGAGCGUGACACCACGAUCAUGCGCCCACCCGGAAAUGAUGACUUCUGCCUGCAGAUACCGAACUCCUCCGACUACAUGGUCCCGCUCCCAGGACAUCGGUCGGUGGCGGAGAGGUUGUUGAGUGAGGCGACGGGUGUCACCAUCCCGGACACCCUCAUGACCUGCACACCACCCAUCAACGCCCUCCCGAGGAUGGUGAACGGACACGCGGUUGUGGUGGCGGGUACGUUGGUAGGACAUGCCGCCCCUCAGGGCGCUCCACCCAUGCAGGCCGUCGCCCCCGAUGGCACAUGCUGGGAAACGUCCUUCAUCCGGCAACAUCCGGGUCAACAACCCUGCCCAGGAGGUGUUCCAUUGCCACCACCACCCGUCCUUGAUCCCGCCCAAACGAUCUUACCCCCGAACGGUGGUGGUCCACCCAUGGUUCCGAUGCCCGUCCCCGAGGUGGCUGAUAAGCUGAUCUCACUGGACACACCGCAACAAACUCCGACCGCCAUCCAACCGCCCAUCUCCUUCGGCAAUCCACUUCCGGAACUCGGAGAUGGACCACAACCGGUGGUUGGGCCGGGAGGAGCGGUUCCGAUGACGAAUGGGAACGGACAUCAGCAUGGAGGUGCACCUCCGACGAUGGUAGAAUCCCCCAUGGAAACGGCUAAGCUGCUGAGUAGCAUACCACCACCAAUUACGCUUGAUCCAGCCGCACUCAGCAUGCAGCAGAACCACGUGGGUGGAACGUCGUACGCCAACAUCCGCAUGAUGAGUAACGCUUCCGGUGGGCACGUGAAUGGAAAUGGUUCCGGUCACGGGCAUGGAAACGGUAACAACAACAACAACAACCACGGUGAUCAUGGGGUGUUGGUGGAGAAGCUUGGCGGUGGUCCUGGCGGUAUGGUGAUGGGUGGAUUGGCGGGAUACGCGAAUGGACCCACUGGGAACGGUGGUAAUGGUGGUGGAAAUGGAGUGCACAACGCGAACGGACACCAUGGGCAUGGACAUGUGCACGGACAUGGUGGGAAUGGUGCGGGAGGACCGGAUAAAGGAGCUAAUGGGCAGGAUCCUUCACGCCAGGCGGCUCCAUUCACGAUCCAGACGUUCAGUGAGCGGUACAUCAGCCCAGAGAACCACUCCGAGAUCAGCUGCUAAGCGGUAUCGGUUUAUGUUUGCGGGUAGGACACUUUGCGGUAAAAUAAGGACAUCCCCACGACACAGGGUGAGACACUCACACACGAUACACGACACAUCUGCGCAUAUAUAAUAUAGAGCGGCAUCCAUUGGUGGACAUUGAUUGGUCACUAAUUUGAAAAAGUAUUUCGUAACGAAAGUUAAUAUACAUAUAUAUAUAUACCUAUAUACUUAUAGACAUUAUGAGGGGCAGCACACAGCUCAAGCCAGCCUCACAGCUACACAUAAUGCAAAAUGUGUACAUAGUAAAGUGCGUGGUUGGUUGGGUUCGGGAAAGGGAAUAUAUUUAUACAUAAAGCAACCAAAAAGAAAUGCCCAUUUGUUCCAUGAGACCAUCUCUUGCUCGAGCAGUAGGCAGGACGCUCAUUCGUAGUCAUACAAAAAUCCAUAGAAGCAUAAAAAAAGAGAAAACAAACUCCCCAGAAGUUCACAAUGUCAAACAGCUUACAAUAAGGACGAUUUGACAGCAGGUGGAACAGUUGACAGAAAAAAAAACUCACGCAGUACACAAAAUUCAUCACAUAAUCGGAGCCUCAAGCGAGGCCGAACCAGCAAA